AUGGAAUUUCAUGGAAAUUUGCGUCUUUUUCUGUUAUUUUUCAUAGAAGGAUGGAAGAUUUAUCGAAAUCCUCAACUGGAGUCUGGCCACACUCCAGUUUACUAUUGGAGGGGAAAGAUGAAAGCCAUGUUUUUUUACACAACCACCAAUGAACGUCAACUGCCCUAUCGAUCCAUUUGGCAUACUUCGGCUAUCAUUCAAAUGACCGUGUUAUUUGUUUCAAUGUUAUAUGCCCUAACGGAAUCGGUAGGUGACAAUGUUCAAAUUGGGCGUGAUCUUGCCUUUAUCAUUGGUGUAUUUUAUAUUAUCUUCAAGAUGUACUAUUUCCUGUGGUAUGGCGAUGCCCUUGACGAAGUUAUUAAUGACUUGGAAACAUACCAUCCGUGGACACUCAAAGGUCCCAGUAAAGUUAAUUUCCGACCUAGAAAACGUUGGUACUUUAUGAUGGGCUUAAUUGUAGCAUCGAUUUGGUCAAUCUUCUUGUGUAUUUUCGUCGUCCUACUUAUAACAUCACCAAUUUGGGUUCAGCAGCAAAACCUUCCCUUUCACGCGGCUUUUCCAUUUCAAUGGCACAAUCGAUCCAUUCAUCCCAUCAGCCAUGCCGUUAUAUAUCUAUCACAGAGUUUUCUUGUGGCAUAUGGUAUUACUUGGCUUUUAUGCAUGGAAGGAUUAUCCGUGAGCAUUUAUGCGGAGAUAACUUUUGCUAUUGAAGUUCUGUGUCUAGAACUACGUAAUCUUCAUCAAGGAUGCGACGGUAAUGAACAGCUGAGAAUGAAAACGAAUCAAAUCGUGAUGAUCCAUCAGAAAAUUAUUGAAAUUUUAAAUCGUAUAAACAACGUUUUUCAUGGAACUCUCAUCAUGCAGAUGUCGGUUAACUUCUCCCUAGUCUCUCUAUCGGUUUUGGAAGCCAUGGAGGCCCGAAGGGAUCCCAAGGUGGUAGCCCAGUUUGCAGUUCUCAUGAUUCUGGCCUUGGGACAUCUCUCCAUGUGGUCUUUUUUCGGAGAUAUGAUAUCCCGGGAGUCAUUGAAAAUAGCAGGUGCUGCCUACGAGGCAUAUGAUCCUAAUAAGGGAUCUAAGGAGGUCUAUAGAGAUCUUUGCUUGAUAGUACGACGAGCCCAGAAACCUCUAAUAAUGAGAGCCAGUCCUUUUCCUUCAUUUAACUUAAUCAACUACACAGCUAUACUUAAUCAAUGCUAUGGAAUCCUUACAUUUCUACUAAAAACUUUGGAUUAA